AUGAAUGGUCUUGGAUUAUUGUACAACAAUGGAAGUGGCGUCAAGCUGGACAAGAAGAAGGCGGAGCGGCUGUUUCGCAUGGCCGCAGAUCGGGGCGACGCAGACGCGCAAUGCAAUUUAGGGGCUUUCUUUCAUUCUGAGGAGAGAGUUGAAGAAGGGUUCCGGUACUUCGCGCUCGCGGCGGAUCAAGGCUAUACUUAUGCGGAGUCCAACCUUGGCCUUUGUCGGUUGGGCGUCGUGAAAUCCGAUAAGAAAGCCGCGAAAAUUUGGAUGCGCGCCGUGGAGCUCGGGGACGUGGAUGCGAUGGUAGAACUUGGUGAAUUGUACUACGCCGGGUUGGGCGUCAAGCUGGACAAGAAGAAGGCGGAGCGGCUGUAUCGCGCGGCUGCAGAUCGGGGCGACGCGCUCGCGCAAUCCAAUAUAGGGGCUUUCCUUCACUCUGAGAAAAAACUUGAAGAGGCGUUCCGGUACUACGCGCUCGCGGCGAAUCAAGGCUAUACCUCUGCAGAGCAUAACCUUGGCGUUUAUUGCAGCUACGGAGCAGGCACGGAAGUCGACCUCGGCAAAGCCAGAUACUGGUUCGAGCGCGCCGCUGCCAAGGGCUUCCAGCCAGCUAUAGAGUCCAUCGCGCGCCUCGACGCGCAAGACGCGCGCCGAGUCAUGUCGUGGCGGGAGAAGAAGUUGGAGUAUGAGACUCGCAUGGCCCGAGCGAGGGGCAAGAAACUCGACACUCUCAAGACCUGCACGAUCUGCGGCGCCGACAAGGCCAAGGCGUGCAAAGGUUGCGGCACGACGGCCUACUGUUCGACGGACUGCCAACGCAUCGACUGGCGCGACCGGGGCCACCGGAAGUUGGGCCUCGUGAAAUCCGAUAAGAAAGCCGCGAAGAUUUGGAAGCGCGCCGUGGCGCUCGGCGACGUGGAAGCGAUGAAUAAUCUUGGGACAUUGUACGACAAUGGAAGUGGUGUCAAGCUGGACAAGAAGAAGGCGGAGCGGCUGUAUCGCGCGGCCGCAGAUCGGGGCGACGCGUUCGCGCAAAACAAUUUAGGGGCUUUACUUGAUACUGAGAAGAAAUUUGAAGAAGCGUUCCGGUACUACACCCUCGCGGCGAAUCAAGGCGAAACAUUUGCAGAGAAUAGCCUUGGCUGUUGUUACCUGUGGGGAGAAGGCACGGAAGUCGACGUCGGCAAAGCCAGAUACUGGUUCGAGCGCGCCGCUGCCAAGGGCCACGAGAAAGCGAGAGGGAACCUCGCGGAACUCAACGCGCAACUCGGGAACGUGAGCGCGAUGGUACGACUUGCGGAAUUGUACAACGAGGGGUUGGGCGUCAAGCUGGACAAGAAGAAGGCGGAGCGGCUGUAUCGCACGGCCGCAGAUCGGGGCCACGCGGUCGCGCAAGCCAAUUUAGGGUUUUUACUUGACUCUGUGAAGAAACAUGAAGAAGCAUUCCGGUACUACGCGCUCGCGGCGGAGCAAGGCUUCACCUUGGCAGAGGCUUGCCUUGGCAUUUGUUACAGGGACGGAGACGGCACGGAAGUCGACCUCGGCAAAUCCAGAUACUGGUUCGAGCGCGCCGCCGCCAAGGGCAACGAGCUCGGGGACGUGGACGCGAUGGAAUCUCUCGCGGAAAUGUACGGGAAAGGACUCGGCGUCAAGCUGGACAAGAAGAAGGCAGAGCGGCUGUAUCGCACGGCCGCAGAUCGGGGCUCCGCGUUCGCGCAAAACAGAAUAGCCUGUUUACUUGAUCUUGAGAAGAGAAUGGAAGAAGCGUUCCGGUACUACGCGCUCGCGGCGGAUCAAGGCGCAACUUUUGCAGAGAAUAGCCUUGGCUGCUGUUACAGGGACGGAGAAGGCACGGAGGUCGACCUCGGCAAAGCCAGAUACUGGUUCGAGCGCGCCGCUGCCAAGGGCGACGAGCCAGCUAUAGAGGCCCUCGCGCGCCUCGAAGCGCAAAUAUAG